UUAAAUCAUCAGCACCAGAUGACACAACAAGCGUUAAGUGGGAAACCGUAUCACGUAAAAAGAUAACCAAAAAGAAAGUAGUGUCUGUAGUAAUAGGGAAUAAAGAAGAUGUUACAAAAUCUUCUAUUAAGGCUGCCCCCAAAAAAGGAUUUAUUUUUGUAUCACGCCUGGCGCCAAAUACAAAACCGACUGAAGUUUGCGAACUACUGAAAGGUGAAUUCCCGGAAGUCCAAUGUGAACAAGUGGAAACCAAAUAUCCUAUGUUCUACUCUGCUUUCAAAGUAACAAUUGACCUACACCGUUUCCAAGAUGCAAUGAAUCCACAAAUAUGGCCCAAUGGCAGCUAUGUUACGCGAUAUUUUCACCGAAGAAGCCGACAGAAAAAAUCCACUUAGCUGCCCAUAACGCCUAUGAGGACAACCCAGGUAAAAGGCUGAUGAGCGAAACAGACAACAGCCAUACAAGUAGGAAAACCGCACUAGGAGUCAACUGGCUAAACCUUUUUUAUCUAAAUAUACAGUCACUGCGGCGUAAAGUUAAUGACUUAGAACUACAUUUAUCAGACAACCCACCUCAUAUUGUUUGUUUCAGUGAACACUGGUUAACGGCAGCCGAGGUGGAGAUCUUAACACUACUUGACUAUAAGGUGGCCAGCAGCUUUUGUAGCAAAAAAGGGUAUGGUGGUGCUGCAAUAUUAAUAAGACCAAAUGUAAGGUAUUCGGAAUUAAAUUUAGCAUCCAUAUCUAAGCAAACGGUUGCUGAGGUUGCCGGCAUCUUUCUAACGGAGUACAGGGCAUAACGUUGGAUACAACUCUCUGCUGGGAAGCUCAUGUUGAUGUCUUAAGCAAGAAACUUGCAAAAACAAUUUACCUAUUACGUAAACUCAGUAGUAUAGUGUCACUUAACAUUAAAAAAUUAGUAUAUUUCAGCCUAUUCCAGAGCCAUUUUGCGUAUGCUCUUGCGACUUGGGGACAUACAACACAUCUUCCCAGAAUUUUCAAACUUCAGAGGAAAGCAAUUCGUAUAAUAUCUAAUGCGAACUAUAGAGAAGAUGUGAGGCAAUAUUACGUAGAACAUGGAAUCUUGACAGUUCCAUCGCUCUAUGUAUACCAAUGCUUAGUAAAUGUGAAAACGCGCAUUGAAAGCUACACGAAAAAUCGCGACCACCAUUGUUAUAACACCAGACAGGGUGAUGAUAUUUGCCUUGACUUUCGGAGAAUAAAUAAAAGUAGAAACUCCAUCAAUUACUAUGGUCCUCAGUUUUACAACUGCCUACCCGAUAAUAUUGCGUCACUACCAAUGCCCCAGUUUCUAAUAAAAAUUAAAACAUUGCUGUUAAAAUCUCCACUUUAUGAUACUGAUAUAAGGUCAAUUAAAUCAGUAUUUAAUAAAUAAUGUGAAGUGGG